AUGGCUUUUAAACUGAAUAACGCCAAGCUUGUAGCUUUGCUUUUUACAAGCCUUUUAGAAAUAUUUUUUUUCGGAGGAAUGCAGUUUGGUUGGGUCGCCCUUGUCUUCAUUCUUAAACUAGAAGGCGUGUUCAAAAACUUGUGUAUUUCGGAAUCUCCCAGUAAUACAACAUUGGUAACUUCUGAGGACAGCUGUGUUCCCCAGGAUGAACAAUUUAAUCUAAUAUUCAGCAUUGGAAUAGCGGUAUCCACCAUAGGAACAAUUGUUCACGGUCAACUAUACAUGUCGUUCGAGAUUAAACGGAUACGUACUAUCUCCAUGCCACUUGGUGUCGCUGGAAUUUUACUCUUAGCUUUCACAUCACCAGAAAUUCCUUGGCUUCUACUACCUGGAAUAACAGCUGUGAGCGUGGCUGGUACGUCUUUACUGGUGUCCAAUUUCAAACAGGUGCCGUUUUUACUCUCUAGGGGUUCUUCUAUAUAUAUUGGAUUAUUGAACGGGUGUUACGAUUCCUCCGUACUGACGUUCAUGCUGGUAAAGAAACUCUAUGAAGACGGAACUGAUCAAAAGUUAUCAUUUGUUGGUGUCGCCAUUUCCUUUAUCGUCAUUUCCGGUGUGUGCACAAUACUACAUCCGUCACCAAAUGACAAGAACGGAACUAAUGAAAACAGUCCUUUAAACAGAGAUUAUGCUAUUUCGAAGAAAGAAGUUGAAGAAGCCAGAAGGCAGUCAACAUCCGAUUUGGCGUCAGAUAGCUGGUCUAUAGUGGACAUCAUAAGUCACCCUCUGUUCAUAUCUCACGUUCUGUGGGUAACGGCAGUGUUGUUGAAGUACUACUACUUCAUAGGAUCGGCAAAUGAAGCAAUGAAACAACUCCUUCAUACAGAAAAUAUGGUGAGUUAUUUUUCUGAUGUGAUGACCAUUACAAUGGUCGGCAGUUUGGUGCCAUCUUUCAUCGCCGGCUGUACUAUCAAUAUUAUGGAUAAAAUGUUUACGGGAAAUAUGAGGAUGGUAGUUCCACUAGCAUUGACAUCUGGUUUCGUCAUCAUACUGUCCGCCCUGGCAUUCAUACCGACAGCGACAGUCCUGUAUGUUGAUUUCGUAGUUGUGACUUUUCUCCGGGCAUUCGUGUACACUACAAAUAUGGAAUUCAUUAGAAGCGCGUUCUCUGUCAAGUAUUUAAGUCUGAUAUACGGACUUAUUACAUCCGUUUGUGGCAUUUUCACUAUGACACAAUAUGGUCUGUUCGCAUGGAGGGCGUCAUCUGAUACAGCCAUCACCCAAGUGAAUGUGUUCCUGUUGUGUCUUUCCACUGCCUCACUGUGUCAUCCAAUCCUCGUGGUCUACCGUCACAAACGGCAAAAAAACAAAAUAGAUAUCACAUUUUAA